UAAAGCAUCAAUCAAGGAAUGAGUUUCGGUAUUUUGCUUACAUUAUCUUCUGAAGCUCACAUUAGACCCCGGAGCUUUUUAUCUUUUGCUUAGGGAUUCUCUCAUCUUCGUCACGUGCCAGAGGUAAGCGAUCGAGCAGCCGACAGUAACGUUGUCUGUAUCAUUGUUUAUUCAUAAAAAUUCUUCGAAAAUAUCUACUACAGAAUUAUUGCAGAACCGCAAUUGAUAAACGAUUGACCUUUGUCUUGAAUGUGGAAACCAUCUAAAUCAGUGUUUUAUAUACUAUUUUUUUACGAUCUGGCAAGCAGAACCACACUGGGUACGCUACCUCUCUCAGCUGGCAUCUGGUAGCGAUUUAUUUAAACCGUUAGAGCAUCAUUUCCGAAAAUAUUUCAAAGUGGGGGCUUUUAUGCUUUGUGUUGCGUAUAGUGGUUGCAGUUUAAAAGAUUGACAACGGAGGCGCUUUUGAAUAUUAUGCUGCGUCGUUCUGGCGUUUACAUCGUGAACGAACCACAACGCGUAGACGACAUAGAGGAGGGGAAAACGACAGAGGAAGAUACAGAAAGUGAGACCAAAACCAAUAUGGAAGAGGAAGGGAAAACAGUAGAUGACAUGGCCGGAAACACAGACACUUUACCGGUGGAUACUUCAACGCCUCUUCACGAAGCUAAACCUAAGAAAAAGAAGCAGAGAGUGCCACCUGUAUACAGGUCUGCCCUUGUGAAGUUGGUGUGUGGUAUCUAUGCACUGAUCAUCGUGGUGCUUGGAGUGGUGUUUGCGGUGGCGACCUCGCUAACGGCAGUAGAGAGGGUACACCAAUACUACUUAGAGGUGUUUUUGGUUUAUCUCUACGCUACAUCACUGGGAGUUCUAUUCUAUUUCUUGCUCUGUCUCCUUAGUGGCGUCAAAGUCAAGAACAAUUUCUAUGAAAACCAUGUUCGCGUUUCGAUCAGAAACGAUGGUAGCGUCAAUAUGUCUCCCACUGCGUCACCACUUCCGAUUCGCUCGUCGCCUGACGACAAGACACCACUGGACCAGGAAAAGAAGGAAUCAAACGCUGAACAGGUUUCCCUUGCCGCCAUUAGCUACCAAAGUCACCUUGAACUUCCACCUCCGGGUGGGGUCGCCCAUGUCGGAGAGGGAAUAAACUUUUAUUUGCGUCUUGGCGCAUUAGCGUUUGCCUUUGGUAGUGUUUCUUUGGAUGGACUCCAUAUUGCUACUUACUUUGAAACUAUUACAACAGAAACAUGCGAAAGCGAAAUCUUCAUUCUCGUCUAUGUUAUGCAUCUGUUGUUUACAUUUGUACAGACAUUCUUCAUUUUCAAGAACCACAAGCUGGUUAUAAAUAAGCAAAAGCCAUUCGUUCGUUUUGGAAUGAUGCAUCUGAUGGCAACCAAUAUUUGUGUUCUCAUCGUUACGGCGGUGACGGAAACCAACGAGGAUUAUCGACAGCAAAACUACAUUGUCAACAAUGUGACGACGUCGUUUGAAGGGACAAAAAGCUGUUACGAGGAAGUCACACUGGCAAGGUCAGCUUCACCCUAUUUAUUUCCUUGCACUAUCAUCUACAGUAUCAUCGGGGCUGGCAUUAUCUAUCGUCUUUAUCAGUACAUCGGGGUCCGUGUCAAGCAGAGGUGGCCUAGCCACACUUCAUUCACAAGUUCGGCUCCAACGGGUGCUUCUGCCAUUGACUGUGACAAGGCAAACAAGGGUCUAUUCCUUGGCUUACUUGUUGCUGUCUUCACUCUUAUAGCUAUCGCCACAUUUUUUGUCUUCGAAAGCCGGCUUCAGGACAUGUUCACCGCCGUCAAGGUUUUGUUUACCACAGAAAUAGUCCUCAUGUUCAUCACUGGUCUCGGGAUUGCUUGGGGUUACAUUAGAUUGUCCAAACUGAAGUUUAUCCCGUCACAGUUUCUCUCCGUAGACUCUGUGUUGUUGCUUGUUGCACUUGCUGGCUCCUACAUUUACCUUUGUUUUAAGCUUAUCGCAGUCUCUACGUCUUUACAAGGAAACAUCGCUGGGAUCUUGUCGCUUAUCACCACGAUAUUCGCAAUUUGCCAGAUAACCGAACAAACAGUGUUUAUAUUGGAUGGUUUGUGCAGAUGUGCCGAAAAUGACGAUCAAAUGAUGCAGAAGCCUGGAAGAGCGGUGGUUACAUUUCUUCUCGUUUGCAAUUUGGCACUCUGGGUUGUGAGUAUGUUUGAAUUGAAGAAAACAAGAGUUGUUCGAUUACACGAGGAUUUUUACGGUAUUCUAGCUUGGAACGUCAUCACUCAUCUCUGUGUGCCUCUAAUUAUAUUCUUCCGUUUUCAUUCUGCAAUUUGUCUGUCAAAAAUUUGGUACAAUGCAUACCAGAAGGAAAAAACAACUUAAAACUUAAUAGAAAGGGUUAAUGGAGGAGGGCAGCAAUAGCACACAAUGCAAAUUCCAUGAAAAGGGGCACAGACUUGAUGGUGACCAACACCAAUAAAAAAACCCAAAGAUUAUUCACGCAGGGAAAUAUCAAAAACCAUGUUGGUAUCAUGGAUUCGCUCUCAGAAACCAAAAUGACAUAGCUUUAAGGGAAAUGCACUCAUUUUCAUGUUGAAAACACAAAAUGUCAUAGAGUUUGUUGACAUCAGACUUUACAGUUGAUAUCUCUUGAGACAAAAAACUACAUGGACCAUGAUGGGAAGAACAUAUAUAAUUCAUAGAGUACACUACAUGCCCGUAAUUAGAUUUUUUAGCAGUAUAUUUAUCAUAGUGUACAUAACUCUGCAUGAUGACAUUGUAUACCGUAGACAGUUAAUGUAAACCACAUUACACCAAUUGUACAAAUUAUUCCGACCCGGCGCGCCAAUUUGUUGCAUGUAUUUAUAAACAUCAAGAGUACAGUGGGAUUCUGGAUAGACACAAGAUGCGCUCGUUGUGAGAUUCUGGUGCAUUAUUACAUUAUCAUAAAGUGAUGAAGGAGUCAUUUUAUACUUUUUGUACUUUAUUUAUACUGUAUUUUUAUCUUGCAGAAAUAAAAUAACCUCGAUAAACAUUUA